CUGCAAUGCCACUUUGAAUAUCUGGUCACCCGCGGUGCGCCGCAGUCUCCGUCGCAGCAGCGUCUUGAUGGUCGUCGAGAAAGUUUGCGGGCGGGCGAGCUACAAGCUCCGAAUCUACGCGGAAACAAAACACGACAGCCAGGACUGCGCUGCGCAUCGUCAGACUCCAAUUGGCGAGCAUGUGGUACAUCACGUCCGAAAUUCGUGGUGGCGAUUACAUUCUGCAAGCAACAAGGUACAUCAGGUCUGAGGAGGAAGUGAGCUGCAGAAACAUAGGACCCGUGUACAUUGUGGAAGCUCGGUGUGUCGGACAUUCCUCGACAAAGAUUGUCUUCGGAGAGGAGCGGAGGGUGGGGAGCAAGGGAAUCCAAAGCCAAUUUUGCCGCCAACGUAGGCUGACAAAUGUCCUAAGGCACCUUGCGGGCUGCUUCACGACCAUCGUCCAUGUGAAGGUCUUUCAGAAACGCGAAUUUCCUUGGCCUCCUCUUCGUCUUCAGAUUGCGAUUCGCUCUCUCCUGAGUCAACGUUUGACUGGCAUCGCUCUGGAGAACUGAAAAGAGAUCGGAGGGGUACAAACCCAGACUUGACGUCCUCUGGCUCUGAGUCUGCCGAAACGCUGCCAACUUCGGCGGCUUCUUGCCUGACGCCGCUUUGCUCUUCGAGCUGUGAGCAAGUCUCUGCGAGCCUAGCCCUUAAGCGAGCGGUCUUUCUUCGAAGGCGCACAUUCGACGUGUUCGCCUGGGUGAGUUUCCUUGAGAAGUAGUUUCGAUCAGUCGUAAGCUCAUAGUGAAGGUCGUCCCAAUGCUCGUCGGCGGUCUGGCGGGCGGGUUCCGCGGAGCGUCGGACCUUGCGAUGGUAAGAGCGCUCCAUUUUGGCCGCUCCCACUUCGUGCUCGCGCUUUUGCGCGUCGAGGGCUUCUUUGUGUUGGCGAUCUCGUCGCUUGAUUUUUUGGCUCCACCAUGAGUUCUGAUCGUGCUCUUAUUAUUCAAGCUUGGCAGCCCAAUCUUUGUCGCAUCUAGCUUCUAGGUCAUAGAGCUCCCCAACAUGCUUCAACUUGAGUUCUCGCAUCGCCUCUUGCUUAGCCUUCCGCUUGGCUGAGACCAGCUCACGCGCAUGCCUUUCUUCGAAAAUGAGAACGGAUGAGCGGCUGUAGGUCUUGCAUGAAAGUUCCUAGCAAGCCUUGAGGGAAAGACAAGUGUGCAUAUAGACUGGCGCAACUCCUAUGCAGCGGGUGCGAUUCCGCCGCACCUUCGUUGGAAGGUGCAAGCGGCAUACACGGACGGGCCUCGAUGAAGGCAGUGGCCUGGGGUGCAGGCGGCAUGCACCUUGGUGACUUUGGGGCAGGCUCAGGUGCAGAUCUGGAGGCGUCCCUAGGGAGUCGCAGAAGGAACAUCCCUCCAUUUCUUCGGUCCCUCACCAGGGCGCCUGCUAUGGGUAGCCCUUCAAGUCUAAGAGUGUCCAGUUCUCUGAACUAAGGAAUGACGUGAUCGAGGUGACGCAGAGCACAAAGAUCUCUUCGGGGAUGAGCAUCACUGCUGAUAUCCUCGUAUCGAUCAAGCUCUCUGAGUUAAGACCGAGUCAGGUUGUAUGCAUGCGGCGACAAGUGCUUCUUGUAGCACUCGUCCAGUCUCUUGCACCGGUGGUGCACUCUUUGUCUCACGACUACGCCCAAGGCAGGCCGCCCCGGCAUCAGUGUUCUGACGCAAAGUACGUCUAGGAAGGUCGUGGCGCGGAGGACAGGGAACCCUCAGCUCAACGCCCAUGUGCCGUUGCCGACACGACUUCGGUUUUGACUCGAGUAGCGGCCAUGGCAGCGACGUUGCUGAUAGCGAAAACGAUGAUGAGGAAAGUCGAGCAGAGUCUCUUGAUCUGUGAGACGGCAGGACCCGAUCACUCGCAGGGCGUAUGAAUGAGUGAAUGAGUGCGUGAUGCAUGGCAGAGAGCCAAUUUCAAUCACAAAUCCACCUUCACCGCGAGUCCAACACUUGGCCAAAACGCGUCGCCCGCCGCGACUAUGUCUACCGCGUAUAUAUAGGUAGACCGCACGUGCAGCGGUGUACGCAUGAUGUAGGGCAGCGCGCGCCGCGUGCGGUGCAAUUCCAGG